UUUUUUUUUUGUUAUUAUUAUUAUUAUUAUUGUUUUCAAUAUGGUUGUAGAGAAUAAAUAUGAAAAACAGCAAAGACCAUUCAGGAUUAGGAAAUCACUUAAAGAACUUGUUCAUAUGCCUCGAAUACAAAAAACUCAACAAUCUUCAAUAAUACUGCCACCUUUGCCCACUCAAGACUCAGAAAAUAUGGAAUAUGUAUAUGAUGUCCUAUAUGAAUGUCAAAGAGGUUCUUUAGCCGUUGGGUAUAGCUCAAAAACUCUUUUACAAUUUGAUCCAAAUCCAUGGUGUGAUGCUAAAAUGAGAUUUACACCAAUGAACAUAGAUACGUAUCAGCUACCAGAUCCUACUUGGGAAUGGGUAAGCGAUGAUUGGAUGAUUGAUAUGACAGGUGAUGUUGAUGAGGCAGGGUGGCAAUAUGCCUUAAAAUUUCAUGGAGCAGAAUGGCAUGGUAACUACAAACAUUUUAGAUCUUUUGUUAGAAGAAGACGAUGGAUAAGAUUAAGGCGUCGAUCUAUAAACAGCAUUAGUCAUUUAGAGGAAGAAGAACAUGUAAAUACAAUAAAAACAAGGACAUUAAUUGAUAUAGAAGAACCAACAUCCUCUUCAACACUAUUAAAAGAUCAAGAAAUCAUUGAAAAAUUACAAAAAUGUCGAUUAGACAGAGAAAGAUUAAAUAUUCUUGAUGAUUUAAUAAUACCAGAAGAAAAAGUAUAAAAUAGAUCUUUUUAUACAUGUAUUUAAAAUACGAACUAAUUUUUUUUUUUUAAUUAUCAUUAU